UCUAUCACAACGCACUAACGUCAGGCCCUAGAACUCCACCCGGAAACGAAACCCUCGACCUACGAUCGACAAGCUUCCGGAGAGCAAUGAUCACAGCCGUUUUGAGACGGUAGAUAGGGCGAGCAAUGGCCGGAGAAAAGCGAACAACGAAAAAACGUAGGGCACUACGAACGCAACCAGGUUCUCAAGGUUCGAAACGGCGUCUUACAACUCCCACCAACGAUCUAGAAAGGACUAGGAAUGAUGAUGAUGACUUCGUCAGCCCCCCACGCGCAUUCUUAAAAAGACUGGAAGCAGACCCAGCAUGGAUGCCCCAGACUAUGAAUUAAGGAAAGAAGAGGAGGAUAGGUUCCCCAGUAUGAAGACGCGAGUAACAGGAAAGGCACUUGUAGAUGCCAUAAAGGACCUCAACGCCCGGCAGCGUAACGCAGUGGCAGUAAUAGGAUUCCAAGAUAUCCUAAACCUCUAAGUCAAGCACACGCCUAAACGUUUGGGUCGUUGGCUGCUUACAAACUUUGAUCCAGAUACAAUGACCAUACAGUUGCAGAAUGAUAAAAUCCUCCACAUUGGGGAAGACGAUGUGCAGAGAGUAUUUGGAAUGCCACGAGGCAAAACUAACGUGACAGACAGAGAUCCGAACGAAGUCACAAGGACACUUCUGGAAUGGAGGGGCAGCUUUCUCACAACAAAGAACUUUAUAACACCAACCAUGGUGAGUGAAAAGCUAGGAGAAUACCCUGAAGGCUGCGAGAUCUUCAAGAGGCACUUCUCUGUACUGGUUGUGACCACACUAAUCCGGGCAAUGCAGAACGGUUACUGCCACCAGCUGUUUGUUGAUGAUUUGGAUGAUGUGGCACGCAUCCCAAACCUAAAUUGGUGUAAAUACCUCCUCACAAACCUUGUAGACACCCAUGAUAAAUGGAAAAGAGGAAAACACAAAAGAUUCAGCGGUCCAUUACUUUUUCUGACGGUGCUUUAUAUGGACAGAGUGACGUACAACGGGAAUAGGGUACCCCGACAAGUCCCACGAAUCAAAGGUUGGACCUGCCGGAUAAUGAGGGACCGACAGUUUUCUAAGAUCAGAAUGGGAGGAUUUGGGACAGGCGAGCUGUUGGAAGCAGAUUUGGAAAACCAGGACGAACCCGCACCAUGUGAGGAGGUUAGGAAUUUUGAAGAACCGGCCUCUGAGAAAAUGACAAUGCUGAAGGCCAUAGUGUUUGAUUUGAAGAAAUUAUUAGAGAAGACGGAUGAUGCUACUGUGAAAGAAGGAAUGGUAAGGGAAAUACAACAAACAACAGACGCACUGGUUGGAAUGAUGGAUACAGAACCACCAAAGGACACUACUAGCCCAGAGAGCAAUGAAGGCACAGAUAGCUAGGACGAAGAAGAAUUUUGGGCAAACCCCGACAACAUAUGGGUUGUGGAGGAUGUGGAGAGAGCUGCGCUCCAGAGAAGUGAGGGUACCGAGAUGCCUAGUUUUAGCUUGGGAUUCACACAGAUGGAGAACAAUGAGAGAAUGGAAAACAUUGAGAAUAUUGCUCCAAUAACAGAGGAAGUGGAACCACAGGGACGUACUCCAACAGCUGUAAACAUGGAAACUGACCAGGACUGUACACCCGAAGUAGUAAAGGUUGCAACACCUAGCGGUGACACAAUAAGCACCCCAGCAGAGCAAAUGAUUGGAUUCCAUGGAAACGAGCAAAAGAACCUGUGCGAGCCCCCAUUCGGUGCCCCGACCAAGAUGGGACGGCCCCAAAGGAAUGAAGCUGACCGAGAAGACGGCGAACUGGAUAUGCUCUGCCAAUACCUAAGCCAGAUAAUGGGCAUCGAGUAUGAAGAAAUACCACAGCCAUACGUCAUCAACCAGUGGAUUGCACAGAGCGUGAACAACGACAUGUAUGAGGUGCUGUUCACUUACCAAGGUAGAGUUGCACGGUUGUUUGACUUCACAUCCCUACUAAUGGAGAAUGAGGUAUCGGUUGGGAUCAUCACUGUGUGGGCAUGCAUCUUAAAUCACCGAGAGCAUCACAAUACAAACGGCUCGGCAAGGAGAGUGUUCGCCUCACCCACCACAACGCUCCACACUGUAGUGACCCCGAAGAAAUCAAGGAGACAACGGUUGGAUUGGUUCUGUUCUAGGCUGGCAACUGAUUUCGAGCCCUCCCCGUACAAGAGAUGGUCAGAUAUAGACAUGGUGAUAUUUCCAAUACUCUAGUCACAGCACUUCUACAUCAUAACCUUCAACAUGCUAAAGAUGAAAAUUGAAAUCAUCGAUAACUCAUCGAAAAAGGAUACAAAUGACAACAGAUAUCUGAAGAUCCCAGAGAAUCUGAUUGACCUGUUCUCCACACACUUGUAUGACGAAGGCGAAGUGAAAAAAAGCGGUGAUAUUGCAAGGGUGACCCCAACACGUAUGCAAAUGUCGUGAAGAGACAACUUUAACCAUGUAGAUUACGGAAUCUACACCAUGCGGCACAUGGAGACCUUCCGAGGGCAGACAUUCAGCACAUGGAAGUGCGGGCUCGUGAGAGGUGAUCGUGCACAUCUACGCAAUCUACGAAUGAUCUACCUGCGGGAAAUUCUAAUGGCCGAAAUCAACGAACUCCGAGAUACCAACAUUAAGAGGGCAAGAAAAUUCCAACAUGAGCUAUUCCUAAGCUAUGUCACAGAAGGCAAGUGAGAAACCGAAAAUGAUGAACACUAUUGCAAAAGCCUGCUUAUUAUUUUUGAAAACAUGAAUAGUGAGACAGUAGACCGAAAACAAUGGGAUAUUUAUUUUUUGGGGUUCUAGACAAUGGGUAAGAUGCACAGGGCGACCCAGUACAGUGGUCGUAGUUGCUUAAUGUUUUGGUGAAUGUGAUUUAGUGAACUUGUGUAAGCAUGUGCUUGUUUUUAUGAAAUGUGUGAACAGGUACAAAGAGAACAGCGAAAUAUACCCACCAAGAAGAUGGUGUGGAUCUAAUGUGCACAUAUUGUUGUAAUUAAUAAGUUUAACUUCA